AUGGACUUCUGGAAUCUGGCAAUCAGAAUUAUUUUCUUAUCACAAACUACAACUGGAAUUCUGGGAAAUUUUUUCCUUAUUUUCUACUGUUUAGUGCUUUACUACAGAAAAUACACAUUAAAGCCCACAGAAUUGAUUCUAAUGAACCUAAUGCCAGCCAAUGUGAUGAUAAUUCUCUCUGUAGGUGUGCCCCAAACAAUGACAAUUUGGGGAUUGAAGGAUUUCUUGAAUCCUUUAGAAUGUGUGUUUGUAUUAUACCUUCAAGAAUUUGCACAAGGUGUGUCCAUUUGCACCAUCUGCCUCUUGAAUGUUUUCCAAACUCUUACCAUCAGUUCCAAGAAUUUUUGUUGUAACUAUUAUAAAUUCAAACUUGCCAAGUAUAUUCACUGUUGUACUUCCCUCCUCUGGAUCUUGCAGUUGUUGAUUAAUUUUAUUUCCGUUUUGUACACAUUUAUCAAAAGAAUUACCACAAAUGUGACAAGGACACGAGAUAUUGGGUACUGUUCACAUAUAGGGAGUGAUGAUAUCAGUGACUUACUCUCUAUAGCUUUGGUGGUAUGCCCUGAGGUCUUCUUUUCUGUGCUUACUGCCUUGGCAAGUGUCUCCAUGAUUGUCAUUCUGUACAGACACAAGAAGAGGGUUCAACACAUCCAUAGCACUCAUGGUUCCAGUCGAAAAUCCCCAGAGUCCAUAGCCACUAAGAACAUCUGUACAGUGGUGUCAACUUUUCUGGCCUUUUGUACUCUCACCUCCAUCUUAAGAGGCUGCAUAAUUCUUUUUAAUAAUUACAGUUGGUGGCUGAUGAAUAUCAAUCACUUCACUUCUCUGUGUUUUCCUACUUUUGCACCCUUUGUUCUUAUGGGCCAUUACUCCAUUGUGUGUAGAUUCAGUUCGGUCUGGUUAAGGAAAAAAAUUGUGUCUUAA